AUGUCUUUGUUGACUCAAGGGCAUAGUUUGCUUAUUGGUGUCCCAGGAUUAGCUAAAACACGAAGUGUACAAGCGUUAGCAGAUACGAUGGAUCUAGAUUUUUCACGGAUUCAAUUUACACCAGAUUUAUUACCUGCAGACAUUACAGGUUCUGAUAUUCUGCUUGGGGGCCCCAGUAGUGAACGCUGUUUUCAGUUUGACCCAGGACCAAUUUUUGCAAAUUUAAUUCUUGCUGACGAAAUUAAUCGUACGCCACCACGUACACAAGCAGCACUUCUUGAAGCCAUGCAAGAACGUGCGAUUACCGUUGGUAAAAAAACACAUCAUUUGCCUAACCCUUUUUUGGUUCUUGCAACUCAGAACCCUGUUGAGCAAGAAGGUACAUUUUCUUUACCAGAGGCUCAGUUAGACCGGUUCUAUUUUUCUCUCGAACUUGAGUACCCAACAGAACUAGAAGAAUUGGAGAUUGUCCGUCGAACAACACAGGUAACAAAUGUUGAACCUCUAGCUGUUAUGAAUCCAGCACGUUUAGAAGCAUUACAAAAAUUAACAGCUUGUAUUGCUGUUGAUGACACUGCUAUUGAAUUAGCUGUUCGACUUGUACGUACAACACGUCCUGGAUUAGUAAGUGAUGUUUGUGUCCCUACUGAGGUUCAACAAUACGUUAAUUGGGGUGCUGGUCCUCGUGCGAGUCAAAUUUUGAUUUGGGGAGCAAAAGCACGUGCUUUAAUGCAGGGCCAGAAACUUGUAGCACUUGAAGAUAUUGUUACGUUAUUACCGCAUGUGCUUGGGCAUCGACUCGUUCUCAAUUUUAAUGCGGAGCGUGAUGGUGUUACGGUUUAUGACAUUAUCGAUGUUAUUCGUCAAACGGUGAAGUUACACGUGUGA